GCAGACAUGUCAUGGCUGUUGCUCGGAGAGGUGAGGGAGGGAGAGAGAGGAGGAGUACGGAUAGAGGUGUAGAGAGUCUCAGGAGAGAAACACUCGCAAACACAGCACUCCUGCGCGUCCUAAACAUCCUCGGGUUGUAGUUUAUUCACCGCUGAUUUGUGUUUUGUGUUUGAUUUUCCUUUAAGGGGAUUAAUAAUACCCGUACAGCGUGAUCUUACGGCAGUACAGAAGUUUGCGUGUUUAUGAAAAACGCGCCGCCCCUGAUGGUGAACUUUGGACUUUUGGUUAUUUAUUUAUUUCGAUUCGGUUUCGCUAACAUGUCCACGGAAGGGUGAAGGGACAGAGGAAUAAAGACGAGUUUGCCCGGAGCUGAGGGCUGCUGGGCAGGACACAGGAAACUGGAGGAAGUUUUCCAGCCAUCACUGGCUUUCUAUCAGUGAUAUAUUCACUGGGAGGGAGGAAGGGAUCAAAAUGUCGGCCAAAGCUGCUGCAAAUAAGAGUGCAGCGAUGGAGGAGACGGUUAUAUGGGAGCAGCACACGGUGACUCUUCACAGGGCUCCAGGAUUUGGAUUCGGUAUCGCCAUCUCAGGAGGACGAGACAACCCUCAUUUCCAGAGCGGAGAGACCUCCAUCGUCAUCUCCGACGUUCUGAAAGGAGGACCGGCAGAGGGACUUCUACAUGAGAAUGACCGAGUGGUGAUGGUGAACGCGGUCUCCAUGGAUAACGUGGAGCACGCCUACGCCGUUCAGCAGCUGAGGAAAAGCGGCAAAAACGCCAAAAUUACCAUUCGGCGUAAACGCAAAGUCCAGAUCCCGGCGGCUCGAGCGGGCGACAGGGAAACCAUGUCGGAGCGUGAGGAGGACACGGAGGACGAGGAAUUCGCCGGGCCGGGCGUCGGAGCCAGCGCAGGGACGGGCAGACGCAACGAUCGGAGCGCCAGCCUGGGACGGAGAGAACAGAGCGUGUCCCCGCGGUCCGACAGGCGCUCGGUCGCCUCCGCCGGCCCGCCGCGACCCUCCAAAGUCACGCUGGUCAAAUCACGCAAAAACGAAGAAUAUGGACUGAGACUGGCCAGCCACAUUUUCGUGAAGGACAUCACACCCGAAAGCCUGGCAGCGCGAGACGGGAACAUACAGGAGGGAGACGUCGUGCUGAAGAUUAACGGCACCGUGACGGAGAACCUGUCCCUGACAGACGCUAAGAAGCUGAUCGAGCGCUCGAAAGGCAAGCUGAAGAUGGUGGUGCAGCGAGACGAGAGAGCCACGCUCCUCAACGUUCCCGACGUAGACGACAGCGUUCCUUCCGGCAACUCGGAGCGAGACGAUAUUUCAGAAAUCCAUUCCCUCACCUCCGAUCAUUCCCAUGAGCAGUUGCGUGGCAGUCGCUCUCGCUCGCCGGACAAGCGCUCGGAUCCGUCCGACAUCUCCAGCCAGUCGCCUCAACAGAUCAGCAACGGAAGCCACAGGAGUCGGGAUGAGGACCGUACCUCUAAGCCGCCGAUCGUGUCCACUCCUGUGAAGCUGGCGGAAGACGCGCUGCUCGUCCCUGAGAGCGAGGAGACAGACAAGCAGAUUCCUCCACUUCCGGAACCGAAGCCAGUGUACGCUCAGCCCGGACAGCCGGAUGUCGAUCUGCCCGUCAGUCCCUCCGAUGCCCCCGUCCCUAACGCUGCACAUGAUGACAGCAUCCUGCGACCCAGUAUGAAGCUGGUGAAGUUUAGGAAAGGAGAGAGCGUGGGUCUGAGGCUCGCAGGAGGAAACGACGUGGGGAUCUUCGUGGCUGGAGUUUUGGAGGACAGUCCUGCUGCUAAAGAGGGUCUGGAGGAGGGAGAUCAGAUCCUCAGGGUAAACAAUGUCGACUUUGCAAACAUCAUCCGUGAGGAAGCGGUGCUGUUUCUGCUGGACCUGCCCCGAGGAGAAGAGGUCACCAUCCUGGCCCAGAGGAAGAAGGACGUGUACCGGCGGAUCGUGGAGUCCGACGUGGGCGACUCCUUCUACAUCCGCACGCAUUUCGAGUACGAGAAGGAGUCUCCGUACGGCCUGAGCUUCAACAAGGGCGAGGUGUUCCGGGUGGUGGACACACUCUACAACGGCAAGCUGGGCUCCUGGCUCGCCAUCCGCAUCGGCAAGAACCACCAGGAGGUGGAGAGGGGCAUCAUCCCCAACAAGAACAGGGCGGAGCAGUUGUCCAGCGUCCAGUACACUCUACCCAAAACCCCCGGCGGAGACCGCGCCGAUUUCUGGAGGUUCCGCGGACUUCGCAGCUCCAAGAGGAACCUGAGGAAGAGCCGGGAGGAUCUCACCGCUCAGCCGGUGCAGACCAAAUUCCCGGCGUACGAACGAGUCGUCCUCAGGGAAGCCGGGUUCCUGAGGCCCGUGGUGGUGUUCGGGCCCAUCGCCGACGUCGCCCGAGAGAAACUGGCCCGAGAGGUGCCUGAUCUGUUCGAGCUAGCCAAAACGCAGCGCCCUGGAGACGGGGAAAAAAGCGAGCCCCGAGACGCAGGAACGGAUCAGCGCAGCUCCGGAAUUAUCCGCCUUCACACCAUCAAGCAGAUCAUCGAUAAGGAUAAACACGCGGUGUUGGACAUCACCCCCAACGCGGUGGACAGGCUGAACUACGCGCAGUGGUACCCCAUCGUGGUGUUCCUGAACCCCGACAAUAAGCAGGGUGUGAAGAACAUGAGGACGAGGCUGUGUCCCGAGUCCAGGAAGAGCGCCAGGAAGCUGUACGAGCGCGCCCUCAAGCUGAGGAAGAACAACCACCACCUCUUCACCGCCACCAUAAACAUGAACAACAUGAACGAGGGCUGGUACGGUGCGCUGAAGGAGACGGUCCAGCAGCAGCAGAAUCAGCUGGUCUGGGUAUCCGAGGGGAAGGCGGACGGCGCGUCCGAAGACGAUCUGGACAUCCAUGACGACCGCCUGUCGUACCUGUCGGCCCCCGGCAGCGAGUACAGCAUGUACAGCACGGACAGCCGGCACACCUCCGACUACGAGGACACGGACACCGAGGGCGGAACCUACACCGACCACGAGCUGGACGAGCCGCUGAACGACGAGCCGCUGAUCGACGACGUGCUGCCGCGCCACGCUCCGGCCAUCAGCCGCUCCUCGGAGCCCGUCGUGGAACAGCCUCCGCCCAGCUACGACGCCCUCGCGCGCAUCGAUCCGGCCGCCUUCAAAAACACGCCCCUGUCACACCAGAAAGCAGAUCCCGCUCUUCCUGAGCCGGCGCCCCCCGCUGCACACCUUAAUGUAGCGCUUCUGAGUUCGGCGGAGGGCGGAGCCGGACCGGGGGCGGACAUCUUGCCCCCGGUUCCCGAGCCCAGCCAAUCAGAGCCCAAGAUAAAGUACGGCGACGACCCGGCAGCACGCACGAGCCCCGGGUUAAAGCAGCCAACUGUUUACAACCCCCAGCAGCCGCUUUACCAGGACGAGCCGGCGUACGGGGAUUACGAUCAGCAGCCGUACCGUUACGACGGUCCUUACGCCGAAGCCAAGUCUCGUAACUACGACUCGAACUCGCACGAUCAGUGGCCCGGAUACGAGCGGCAAGGCGACUACAGCCCGGCGCGACCGCGCUACGGGAAGCCGUCCCCCUCGCCUGUCCGUCACGACGAAGCCCCGCACACAGUCACGCCCACGCGUUACGACCAGGAACCCCUCCAUCCGCCCGCGUCUCGCUCUCCGGAGCCACCGAAACAGUAUUACGAGGCCGCGCCUCCCCCGAGGCCCACCCAGCCUAGAGGAUACGUGAACUCGGACACCGCGCCCCCUCCCAAAGUCGAGACCCUCCCAGCAGAGCCGGAGCCGGUAAACAAGCCCCUCCCACCCCCACCUCCGGAGGCAGGGGAAGACCCGGCGAUGAAGCCGCGGUCGGUACUGACUCGGGUGAAGAUGUUCGAGAACAAGCGCUCGGUGUCUGUGGACCGCGCCAAAGAGAACAGCGACACCACGCUAAGAUCCGUGGACAUGGUCCCUAAACCAGGAGCAGCCUCCGUGCCCAAAGCCAACUCGCUGAACAGCCUUGAUCAAGAGAAGACCUUCAGAGCCCCCGAGCCCCAGCAGCCCCAGUCGAGACCCAGCGACAUCGUUCGGGCGAAUCACUACGACCCCGACGAGGACGAGGAGUACUACAGGAAGCAGCUGUCCUACUUCGAUCGCCGGAGCUUUGACACCAAACCACCUGCACAAACACAACCGCAGGCUGUGAGCAAACCGGCACAGCCACCGAGCCAGCCAGGGAACAGCUAUCCCAGGACUGAGUCACUGGAGAAGGUCAGUCCCGUUCCCCAGGUAACCCCAGUUGCUCCGCCCCCUUGUCUACCCAAACCUGCUGUGCCCACUCCUCCUCCAGAACCUCUCAGUUCUCCCAAAGUCAAGCCCCUGGGUCGUGAGGACACGGUGCAGAACUCCUACCUCCCCCAGAAGAGUUUCCCCGAGAAAUCUCCCGUGAACGGCACCACGGGCGCUCCUCCGCCCUCCUCCAGCUACACGCGCUACAACAUCCCCAAACCUUACACGGCCUCGGCGCGGCCCUUCGAGCGCAAAUUCGACAGCCCCAAGUUUAACCACAACCUCCUGCCCAACAUCACCACGGUCAAAGCGCCGUCGAGCAGCCCGGCUAAAACGCAGCCGACGGGUCAGGACGGCGGGAUCGACACGUUAACCCGCGCGCCCAAAUACCAGAACAACAACAACGUCAACGCCGUGCCCAAGGCCAUCCCUGUCAGCCCCAGCGCUCUGGAGGAUGACGAUGAUGACGACAUGCACACUGUCGUCGCUACGGCGCGAGGCGUCUUCAACUCGAACGGCGGGGUUUUGAGCUCCAUUGAGACGGGUGUGAGCAUCAUAAUACCCCAGGGGGCAAUUCCCGAAGGUGUUGAGCAGGAGAUCUAUUUCAAAGUGUGUCGGGACAACAGCAUCCUGCCACCACUCGACAAGGAGAAAGGUGAAACCCUGCUGAGCCCGCUGGUGAUGUGCGGUCCACAUGGUCUGAAGUUCCUGAAGCCGGUGGAGCUGCGUCUUCCUCACUGUGCGUCUAUGACUCCUGAUGGUUGGUCUUUUGCUCUAAAAUCCUCCGACUCCUCGUCGGGUGACCCCAAGAACUGGCAGAAUAAAUCUCUUCCCGGAGAUCCAAACUACUUGGUUGGAGCGAACUGCGUGUCUGUGCUCAUUGACCACUUCUGAGGAGGCUGUUUUACACACACACACACGCACACACACGCGCGCACACACACACACACACACACUGCCAUUAGUGAAGUGAGCUCUAACAUUUCGGAAAUGGAAAAAAUAAAUGAAGGAUGUCUGUGCUUUUUAUUUUUCGAAUUAUUUUUAGUUCCGGAGAAAAGACGGCAUGAUGUGGAGUACUGUUUCUCUUCAUUUCCUUCUUCCUCUUCCUCUUCCUCUUCCUCGUUUAUCUCCUCAUCGGACUGCACACGAAACACACACCUUCCCCAGGAUUUACAAGAACUGCUGAAAGGAACUCUCCAGUGUGCACACUCGGUUCAGUAUUUAGAGUGACUGUGCUGUAUAAAGAGGACUGAGCUUUAUUCCAUUUCAGCAAAGUGACACACACACAGACACACACACACACACACACACACACACACACACACACACACAGAGUACGUGUGGAGGGAUUAGAGGAAGUGUAGAAAUAGAAACAGAAGCGGCGGAGUGUGACCCAGACGUUAGGAAUAAGGAAAGAAAUCGUACGUGAAACGGCACAGAACGCGGAGAUGAACCGGUGCUGCUCCCCGAAACCUCCCCGAAAACCUCCUCAAACACUACAGUAACCUCCCAACUGCGCCCUCUGGAGGUGGAGCACAAACCUCCUCACGCUGUGAACAUCUAUGCACGCCAGACUCAGGACUCCUGUUCUCUCUCUCUCUCUCUCUCUCUCUCUCUCUCUCUCUCUCUCUCUCUCUCUCUCUCUCUCACACACACACACACACUCUUUCUGUCUCUCACACACACUCGCACACUCACAGUCUCUCUCUCUCACACACACACACUCUGUCUCUCCCCCUCUCUCACACACUCACAGUCUCUCUCUGUCUCUCUCUCACACUCACACUCUCUGUCUCUCUCUCUCACACACUCUCGGUCUCUCACUCACACUCUGUCUCUCUCUCUCUCUCUGUCUCUCUCUCUCACACACACUCUCGGUCUCUCUCUCUCUCACACACACUCUCGGUCUCUCACUCACACACACACACACUCUGCCUCUCUCUCUCAGACGCUCUCUCUCUCACACACACUCAGUCUCUCUCUGUCUCUCACACACACUCACACUCUGUCUCUCUCACUCACACUCUCUCUGUCUCUCUCUCACACACACACUCUCUUGCUGUCUCUGUGUCUCACACACACACACACACUCUCCCUGUCUCUCUCUCUCACACACACUCCUGCUAAAGCAACGAUGCCUUAUUCAACUUUUUUCAACUUUGUCUGUUGUCUUUUUGUUCUAAGUUAUAUACGAUAAAAGCUACAAAAUGAAGUUCUGCCAGUGUGUUUAAACCUGAAACACAGACACACACAGACACACACACACACACACACACACACAGAGCUCGGGGUGUAUCUGCUAUGCACACGAUUCUGACACUGCAGAGAAAACUCGCUGUAUAUAACGCUAACAUGGCCUUUUGUUCUUCGUUUGUAAAUGAUUUCUUUUUUUUUAACGUCUUUACGGUUUUGUAAGAAAAGAAAAACUUAGGAAGGCAAAAAAUAAAUAAAUAAAUAAACAAAUGCAGUGCAAAUGAACUUUAUAUUCCGGUUAUAUCUCGCAAACUUUGCGACUCGAUAGUAAUAUUAAUAUUUCCAGUUUUUUUAAAAGGCAGUUUAUCCACACUAAUGUCCAGACGUUGUUUUUUUGUUGUUGUUUUUGUUUAGUUUUGUUUGUUUGUUUCAAACGUUUACCGCGACGUUUUUACACUUUCUUUUGAAACCAAGAAGAAAAUACUCACCUGGAGUUCAACACGCCUCUGAUACGUGUGUCGCUCUGCUUCCGCUCGUUUAUCUGUAACGCUGUUUACGUGCCCUGAAAUGUAUUUUUUUACUAAUAGAUGAUUUAUUAUUAUUAUUAUUAUUGUUUAUUAUUAUUUUUAUGGCACACCAAUAAGAUAUAUCCUUUUUUUUUUUUCCUUUUAAAUAACACUGCUUCAGUUGAAUAUUAGAUCUUCACACACGUGACUUUUUCUUCUUUUCAAUACAGGUAUGCCAUUAUAUCAAUUAAUAAAACCAUUUUUCAAAUAA